AUGGCUUGGCCCGGGGGGGCUGAGAGCUAUGAGGCCAAGUGUGAACGCCGGCAGGAAAUCCAGGCUCUAGGCUUUCCGCAUCCCCUACUUGUUUUCCAGGUGUCAGGGACCAGCUCUGAGGUCUUUCCAAGCCAGCAUCACCUUCCCUCAGGCCCCUGGAGGGAUUUGGCCAGCCAGCCCUCCCAGGCUGAGGACCUUUCACUGAAGGAUUAUCCCGCCAAAAAACCACCCAAACACCACCGUGGCACCCAGACAAAGGCAGAAACAGCCCAGCCAGCAAUUAAGAAUGAUGCCAGUCAGCAGACCAAUUAUGGAGUUGCAGUUCUAGAUAAGGAAAUCAUCCAGCUUUCUGAGUACCUCAAAGAGGCCCUACAGAGGGAGCUGGUUCUAAAACAAAAAAUGGUCAUUCUCCAAGACCUACUGUCCACUCUGAUAAGGGCCUCUGACAGCUCUUGGAAGGGCCAGCUGAAUGAAGACAAAUUGAAGGGCAAACUGAGAUCUUUAGAAAACCAGCUGUACACCUGUACCCAGAAAUACUCCCCUUGGGGAAUGAAAAAGGUGUUAUUGGAGAUGGAAGACCAGAAAAACAGCUAUGAGCAGAAGGCCAAGGAGUCACUGCAGAAAGUGCUGGAGGAGAAAAUGAGUGCAGAGCAGCAAUUGCAAAGCACACAGCGGUCCCUGGCUCUGGCCGAGCAGAAGUGUGAAGAGUGGAGGAGCCAGUAUGAAGCUCUGAAGGAGGACUGGAGGAAACUGGGGACCCAGCACCGAGAGCUGGAGAGCCAACUCCAUGUGCUUCAGUCUAAAUUGCAGGGAGCAGACAGUAGAGACCUACAGAUGAACCAGGCUCUGCAACUUCUGGAGAAUGAGCACCAGGAACUACAGGCCAAGAUUGAACUUCUACAGGGGGACAGAGACAGCUCAGAUACCCAACACCUACAAGAUCAACUGAAGAGGUCAGAGGAGGAGAAACUCACCCUGAUGGCCAAAGUACAGCAGCUGCAGGGUCUGCUCCAGAAUCAAUCCUUACAGCUUCAAGAACAGGAGAAACUCUUAACAAAGAAAGAUCAGGCUUUGCCUCUGUGGAGUCCAAAGCCCUCCCAUAAUGAAGUGGAACCUGAGGGUACAGGGAAGGAGAAAGAAUGGGAUUUCAGAGACCAGCUGCAAAAGAAGACUUUGCAGCUCCAGGCCAAGGAAAAGGAGUGCAGAGAACUGCAUUCGGAGUUAGACAACCUCAGUGACGAGUAUCUCUCCUGCCUACGUAAGCUGCAGCAUUGUCGAGAAGAGCUGAACCAGAGCCAACAGCCGCCUCCCAGAAGGCAAUAUGGCCAGUGGCUCUCGAUGCUGAUGAUAAUGAUUGCUAUAGCACUGGCAGUGCUCCUGGCCAACAAGGACAGCCUGAUGAUAUGA